UCGCGUCUGCAACAACGGAGAAAAAACUCGCGCCUCACAACUGACCUCCGCCGUGGUGCUUCGUUACAACAGAGGCAAGAGACCCCAAGCGCGAGUUUAAAUGCUGGAGAUGCCGCAGCUCUUCCUCGAAGACCCAAACCAACAGCUGGAGUGCCUCAAGCAGACCAAAUCUUUCCUGCACCACUUCAAUCCUCAGUCGACGACAUCGAGUCCAACAUGUCUAGCCCCGCCUCGGCCGACAGCGACACACUUGGGUGGUACGAUAUCACCAAGACGUACUGCAUCAUUGGCAUUGAGUCAAGUGAUACCGGCAUACUAGAACGUCCCGAAAACGAACGUUUCCUCUGCCAGAUCCAACCCAUGGCUGGCCUGGGGGAUGGCUACAAUGAAGAUGACGACAUGCAAUCUGGAUUGUCAUUGACAUUCAGCAUCGACUCGUUCACCGAUUUGACAGAGGGUCAUAAGUUCGGACGAGACUCAGAGAAGUGCGACAUUGUCUUGGGCAAGGAGAACGACGAGGACGUCGAUGGACUGCACUUCAGAGUGCAGUUGGACUAUACGCAGCAGAUCCCUGAGUUGGACAUAUACAACUGCAGUCCAAGAGGGACUGAAGUCGACGACAAGCUGCUUUCUGGAAUAGGGCAACGUACACGGAUAUAUCAGGGCGAGGCGGUUACUGUUACAGCCGGGAGCGUAUCACUUAUGCUUAUGUUCCCUUUUCUGGAUUUCAGCAACCGCAAGACGCAAUCAAGAUGGGCAGAGCUGAGAACGACAGCGUGGUCUCUGCUUCGACCUUCUGUACGGCAAGCACUCAUNCCCCAAGACGCGCGUCAAAGAUACCUCGACGCAGAGGAAGAUUGUAUCUGGCAAGAAGCACGGCCCUUCCGUUCUGAAACUGGUAGCAUGACAGUAAUGCUUGCCUUUGGCAAGCAGAAGCAAAAGACUGGCUUCCCUGUCGUUCUGAAGAAGCUACGAGAUAGGAAGGGCGACGCCAGAGAAGAACGCAUCAACAUGGGCGAGACGGCCGCCAUGACCCGAGUACGGCACGAAAACGUCGUCUCUGCUCUCCGCGAACAGUGGCCUCAAGGAAAUGUGAUCCUCGUCGAACACACACCUCACGGCAACAUUGCGGACUUCAUCCGCAACCACCACGCCAGACGACUAAAAGAAGACGCUGUCAUGGACCUUGCUAUGCAAACCCUCAAAGCCCUUUCCUACCUCGCAUCGCAAGGAAUCUCACAUCGCGACCUCAAGCCCACCAAGAUCAUGAUCUUCCGCACAGACCCUCCACUCUUCAAGCUCACAGAGUUUGGCGGCGAGGACUUGAUAGAUGCACGACAAUACCUCGCCGACCGCAUCGCAGACGAUACAAUCGACUACGUGGCCCCCGAAAUCUUCGAACGCGGUGCUGGUGCCCUGCCCUCCAAGACCGACGUCUGGAGUCUAGGUAUCAUCAUGUGGGAAUUACUGGUCGGUGCCACGCCCGUCCCAUUCCUGGAAGAUCUGAAUUACAUGUCUUGCUUCCGCGCCAUUUUGAAUUGGCAACCUAGAGUUAAGGAGUUGCAAGAGUAUGGGGUUAGUGAUGAGGGGCAGGAGCUGCUGAUGAGAAUGGUGGAGAGAGCGCCAAAGUUCAGACCUGAUGUCGAGACACUGAAGGGUGAUGAGUGUUUUGACUACCUCGAGUAUGUCAGGAAGAACGAGCCCUGCGAUUUGCAAGAUUGCUUGCUUUGA